AUGCAGUACUCACUGUUAAGCGCUCUCUUAUUGGCUUUGCUGAGCCUGUCGAGGGCUAGCUUCAAUGCAGGCUGUAGCAACCACAAGCCGAGGACCAUUGUUGUCGAUCAGUCGGGCCAUGGACAAUUCACCAAGGUGCAACAAGCCAUUGACUCCGUCCCGACGAUGAACAGCGUAUGGACUCGUAUCCUAGUCAAGUCCGGCAUUUAUAAAGAAAAGGUUAUUGUUCCUUCAGACAAGCCAUGCAUCGUCCUCGAAGGGAGCUCGGCAAGUAAAACCAUCAUCGAGUGGGGAGACGCCAUUGAAGUUGUUAAAAGCGCAACCUUCACGGUUUAUGCGGAAAAUUUCAAAGCCAAAGAUAUAAUGUUCAAGAAUACCUACAAUGAAAACACACGACCCGGAGAUAAAUAUCCGAUCAAGCAGGCCCCAGCAUUCCAAGUAACGUCGGACAAAGUCUCGUUCUAUCGAUGCAGAUUCAUCAGCGUACAAGACACGCUGUCUGACCUCCAAGGGCGUCACUAUUUCAGGUCCUGUUACAUCCAGGGCGCUAUCGAUUUCAUAUGGGGCUAUGGCCAAUCCGUCUAUCAGGGCUGCUUGAUAAACGCAACCACAGGCAUCCUAGGCAGAGCGGGCUACAUCACGGCUCAGGGCCGCGACAGAGCGACGGACUCCGGUGGGUACGUCUUCAAUCGGUGUAUAGUGGUGGGGACGGGGCCCGUCUACCUCGGGAGGGCGUACGGGCCGUACUCGAGGGUCGUGUUCUACAAGACAAGCCUCUCGAAUGUCGUGAUGCCGCAGGGGUGGAGCUCCUGGCAUUACCCCGGUCAAGAGUCGAAGAUAACCUACGUGGAGACGGGAUGCACGGGACCUGGGGCAGAUAUGUCCGGGCGAGUCAAGUGGGAGAAGACGCUGUCGAACGAGGAGCUGCAAUCGCUAGCCGAUGCCAACUCAUUCGUGAAUCAAGACGGCUGGCUGCAGAAGCAACCCUUUUAG